GUGUUGUUAUUUUCAUCCCUGUUGGAAAAAUGAUUGAUCAACUCAUUUUCCUUCCUAUUUCUUCUUCAGUUUCCAUGGUGGACACCAAAAGCUCAUCUGAAAAAGGAUCCCUGCUCUAUCCCUAUGGGACACACCAGGGGGACGAAACCAACCCCAAACACUACGAUGGGACAUCCGAGGAGAUCACCCUCUCUGUUCCCUUCACCUUCUAUGGGAAAACAUACCAAACUGUGUUUGUGAAUAACAAUGGGGUGAUCUCCUUCGAUGAGCCUGUCAAACAAUACACCCCUGAUCCCUUCCCUCUGGUGGAUGGGCACCCUUUCGUGGCUCCAUACUGGGCAGACGGGGACAAUGUGUUGGGUGGGGACAUCUUCUACUGCCAGACCACCAACCCGGUGCUGUUGGAGGACAUCAGCCAGGACAUCAGCCAUUACUUCCCCAAAAGUCCCUUCACCACCACCUGGGCCUUGGUGGCCACUUGGGACCACGUGGCCUACUGUGGCUCCACCUCUGAAAAGGGCAACACCUUCCAGGCUGUGCUGACCACUGACUCCAAGAUGUUUUAUAUCAUCUUCAACUACUAGGACAUCCAGUGGACCACAGGGGCAGCGAGUGAUGGGGAUGCUGAAACGGGACUUGGGGGGACCCCAGCACAUGUAGGUGGGGAGGGUGGACGAGGAGGCGGAAGUUGUCCCACUCCAUGUUCUGAGGAUGAUGGUGAUGAAGGUCAGGGAUUGGCCCACCCUUCCUGGGGAUGAUAAUGAUCACGGUCACGAUGAAGGUCCAGGAUUGGCCCACAAUAUUUUUGGGGAGGUCAAGUUUUCCUGUCCCAUCUUCUGGAGAUGAUGAUGAUGAUGAUGAUGAAGAAGAAGAAGAAGAAGAAGAAGAAGAAGAAAAAGACAGGCUUCUUCUGGAGAUGAUGAUCAUGAUAGUGAUGGUCAUAGAUUGGUCCAUAUAAUUUCUGGGUGACACCAAAUAUGUUCACAUCCUAAAACCCUCUGGGGGCAUCAGCCCUUAUAGAUUCAUCCCCCCAGUUUUCUAGGCGGGAUUUAAUAGCAGUGAUGACACCAACUUCUACAACAUUCCCGGAUCCCAAACCGAUGCCAUCAUCAACAUCACCACCACCUCCAAUGUCAAGGUCCUGGGACGCUGAGUCUUUCAGGUGGAUGACUUCCAGGUGACAGGUGUGAAUCCUCCCCAGUAGAACAACAACUGCUGGUUGUAAGUGGGAAGAGAAAAUUGGGGAUUUUGAGGAAAAGUGCAAAUUUGGACAGUAAAUUCAGGAGUGAGGGGGGAAAAGUGAGGAUUUGGGGCAAUAAUUUGUGACUCUGGGAAGACCACUGUGAAUUUAGGGGAAGACCGAAUUUGUUGGGGAAAACUAGGAACCUGGGGGGAAGAGUGGGAAUCUUGGCUGGAAUAUUGAGAAUUUAGGGGCAAAUUAAAAGAAAACUGGGCAUUUGGGGAACAAUUG